CGUUACUCAGAACUUAAUCCUUCGAGAUGCCUAUAUUUCGUCUACUGUAAACAAUUAUUACACAAUCUUGCUACACUUGCUUCAUGGAUCACCUAAAUACGUAGAUUUCGAAACGUUAUCGCUUGUAAAUAACUUAAUUUUCAUUCUUAAAAGAUAACGUCACGUGAUACACCAAAUAAAAGAAAUUGAUGUAAGUUAUCAGGUCGAUAAUUCGAUACGUUAGCUAUAAAAGUCUAAUACUGUAUUUUGAAAAUGCCAGUUCUUUUGAAAAAGUGAUUAUAAAAGAGUGCGUUAUUUUCGCAUUUAAGAUAGCGUAAAGUGAUGAAAGCGUAGCGAAAAAUGACAAUAAAAUUUGUUGCAAUGAGAUAUUUAUUAUUACUGGUCAUUGCCGUUUUGGCAGUGACGGGGAACGCUUUUGCCGAAAUACGCGAAAUUCCAACAAAAUGUCCAGAAUCUUCGGGCAAAACCGUACAGCUCGCUCACAAACACGAUUGUACCAAGUUUUACGAGUGUUCCAAUGGGCAGAAGCAACUUUCGAAUUGCCCAGAAUUUGCCCCGGGACAGAAGCUACAUUUCGACCCUGAACUUCAAAAUUGUACUUUCCCAUGGGAGGCAAAUUGCGCGUCAAGGGCUCCGGAUUGUUCAACGGACGAAUUCAUACAACCUCAUCCCUCCAACUGCAGAUUAUAUUACAAAUGCGAGAACGGGGAGAAAGUCUUAAAAAUGUGUGACGAGGGACAGCUAUUUAAUUUUGACUCUUUAGAAUGCGUAGACAAAAAUGCCACCAAGUGUAAAGUUUACGAUUCGUGUCCAACGGGCAAAUUGUUGGAGACUGUACUUCUCCCACACGAAUGUAAUUACAAAUACAAAUCUCUGUAUUACGAAUGUGUCGAUGGGCAAUACGUUGAAAGAGAUUGCGCGUCGGGUCAAGUGUUCAAUAAUAGACGCAGACAAUGCGUGUCUGACGUCUAUUGUCCUGAAAACGGCACUAAAUAUAUUCCUGACAAGACGGAUUGCACUUUGUAUUACGAAUGUGUGAAUGGUGUUAAAACACAGAAAACGUGCGAAGAUGGAUUAUCUUUCAAUGAAAUGAAAGGUAUGUGUACUUGGCCACCGGGCAGCGAAUGUUCUUUGAACUUGUUCAAACAAACCGAGCUGGCUAUAUCUUUUCUACCUGACGCAACCAAGGAAAAUAUCAUGAUGAAAUGUCCAGCGAAUGGAAAUGCGUUCGUGCCUCACGAACGCUCUUGCACCAAAUAUUACGCUUGCGUGAACGGACGUCAGUUUAUUGAAAAUUGUCCGGAGGGUAUGAUAUACGACUAUAUUAGAAAAGUUUGUGAUGCUCCGUAUGCUGCCGUAUGUAAAAAUAAAAUGACUCAUUAUAAGAUUCGAUUGCGAGGUAUAGAUUCAAAUUGUCAUUAUUCGAAUGAUUGUCCAACAUAUGGUAGUAAACGCCUUAAACAUGAAAAAGAUUGCAGGUUGUAUUACGAUUGUGAAAAUGGUUACAGAUGUCUUCGGUCGUGUCUUGAAGAAUACGUCUUCAAUCCAUUAAUCGAAUCGUGUGAUAUACCAAAGAAUAAUCGUAAUUGCUUUACUUCAGGCGGCUCUGAUCCAUCAGAAAACGAGUGUGAUUGUGGUUGUAAGAAUUGGAUUCGUCGUUUCCCUAAUCCCAAAAAUUGUUCUCUAUAUUAUGAGUGUGAAAAUGGUAAGAAAGUGUCAAAGGAAUGCGCUCCGGAUCUUCAAUACAGUCGUGACAGUCAGAGUUGUACCUAUCCAAAAGAUGCAAAAUGCAUCGUCUCCGAUUGCGAAGAAGGAAAGUUUUAUCAUCAUGACUACGAAUGCAAUAAAUAUUACGUAUGUCGCCACGGUGAGAAAGAAUCGCAGUACUGUCCAUCUGGGCAAAAAUUUGAUUGGAUAGAUUUGGAAUGCAAGCCAUCAAGCAGGGUUCGCUGUUAUCCCGAAGGGAUUAUGGAUGGCUGUGAAGGCAAAUGUUCGUCAACAGAUACCACGUUGCCCCACGAAGAUUGCCGCAAGUAUUGUAAAUGCGAAAAUGGAAACUCCAAGAUUGAAAUUUGUCCUAAUAAACAAUUUUACGAUCGGGAAACACACAAAUGCGAGUGGCCAGAAAAUCUGCGUAACGUGUCGUGCGAACCUUUCCCCUGCUGGCUUAAUUCUACGGGAACCAAUAUUCCUCAUAAAUGCCACUGUGACAAAUACUACAGAUGCAGAAACGGAAUGAAAUAUCUUGUAUUCUGCAAGGACGGAAAAUACUUUGACUAUGAACAAGAAAGAUGCGUUGAUAGUGCAGAAGCUCACUGCUACGCGAAUAGCCCAUACGACGUUGGGGAAUGCGCCAAAAUCUAUUUAACUCACAACAACUUCGUUCACGAAAAUUGCACAAAAUACUAUAGGUGAGAGGAUACGAACGUGAUUCUCGGGCAAAGACCUCCCAAAGAUCUGUAUUACGAUAAAAUAUUUAGAGAAUGUGCUUGACCUGAAUAUGUAAAUUUACUGUCGGACUGCAUAUCGUUUGAUUGUACUAGUAAUGCUGAUAGUAUAAUGCCUCAUGAAUGUGAAUGUACAGUCUACUAUAAAUGUGAAAAAGGAUCAAAAUAUCGUGAUUAACGCAACGAUGGAUUUUGCUUUGAUUAUGUACUCGGAAAGUGUGCGAAUAAGGAUCCUCGUUGUUAUCAUAAAUAUUCGAACGCGACCGAUCAAGGUGAAGGACAUUGCCCGAAAUAGAAUUUUUACAAUACUACGUGUUGUUCAGUGGUUCAAAACAUUAAUUUGAUUUAUAUAUUCGAUCAUUCUGAUUACUAUCUAUCUCCUUAUCAUUAUUGAUAUUAUUCAUUGUUAUUAUCACUAUUUUAUUUUGUACACUGAUUUCUAAAAUAAUCCAUUUCCAAAGGCAUUAGCAUACAACAGUACACAACUAAUAUAAACCGAAAAUAUCAUGUGAAAUAUGAAAGAUCUGAUCGUAGAAAAUAAAAUGGAAAUAAAAGUUUCGUCAUAUUGCAUUGUAUUCUGUGAAUUUCACAAUUUUCAUAAUG